GCUUCAAGCAAUUCACGUAAACAAACGCGGUGAAGUCAAACGAAGAGAUUCCACCAAAAGUUAUUCCCAAGUCGCUGAAUAGGCUUUAAUACGUUUUGCUUUGGAUGGAGCUCUCAUUUCAAGAUGGAUGACCUGACCCAGUUGCGGAAGCAGUACAACAGUCUACAUCGAGAGCUGAUUGAUAGACAACAUGUCCUUAAUUCCUACCUCAAAGGCAAGCUUCCAACUCAAAGAGAGUUAGAGGAGCAGAAUGAACGCAUCAAUUCUCAGAGGCAUGCUCUUGCUGGGAACUCCCAUUUCACCAGCACUCCGAUAAGACACCCUACAAGAUCACCUACAAGGUCAACUAGAAGGUCACCUUCCCACCAAAGAGGCAGCACUUUCCAUGAAAGGAGGAGGUCUGAUGACCACACACCUGGCAAACGCAAAUCUGACAUGGAUACGCCACGUCAUGUCGGAAGAGGGUCCAGCCUGAUGCAUCAUGGGUCUGAAUCGAAACGCCAGCGGAGCAUGGAGAGACGGCUCCCUCGCUCUCACACAAACGGAGCGGGUCCAAGUCCCUAUCAUUCCUCUAGAAAGCAUUCCAAUCGACACAGGGGGGAUUCAAGAUACAGGAGUCCUCAUAGACCAGCUCAAACAACAAGUGGUAGUAUUGAUGAGAGAGGACACCGGGGAUGUGAUGAUGAAUUUGGGGAGAAUGUUGGUGAAGGAAGUUACGUUGAGCAACUUUUAUCUCAAGGAAACGAUCGAUUGGCUGCUGCAAGGUCAAGAGAGGUCACACCAAACCCAAGGUCUAUUCUUCUGACACCAGGGUGUCGUCCAAAGAAGACACCUAUGAGAGUUAGCUUUCUCAAUAGACUGAACAGAGGCCAUCAGAGCUCCCCCAUCAGACCCCUUCCUCGUUCCCUCCGCGAUGAUAGCUUAUCACAGGGCGUGUCCCUUCAGGGUGGUCUCCAUGACCGUAGCUAUGGCAACACGACCCAACCCUUGCUGGGCUAUGAUUGGAUCGCUGGUAUGAUGGACAACAACCCUGCCCUUGAAGAGAAGUCCGAUGCCUACCUGGAAGGGAUCAAGGAGUUCCGUCAGAUGAACAGGGACGAGUGUGUGCAUACAACCGUCAUGGAUGAUGCAGCUGAUGGAAUGAUGAAUAUAUCCCAGGGGUAUGAAGAUGUUCAUGAACCGUAUCCUGAGGCCAUAGAACACAAAUGUAUUCACAACUAUGUGCUCAAUGAUAGACUUUUUGCUGUGCCGCUGCAUGAAAAUAAUGCUGGAGAGAGCCUGUGUGCUAUCUGUGAGCAUAGAAGGAGCAGCGAAAAGAAAUCUCUGUCUUCACCUUCAUAUAUUAGGGUCAGUAUUCCAAGAUCCACUCUCCAAUCACCGUACCGUGUUCGUCCUCAUCGAAGGCAGAGCUUUGAUCCUACUGACUCUAUGGGUUUGUCUCAACACUGUUUAGCUGGUUGGCAGAACUCCCGUCCAUCCAUGAUGCCUCCUGCAUCUACUAUUGAUCUGAAAGCAUCCCUGGACAAAACUAUGGUGGCUGCAAACACUCUGUUUGAUCCAUCACUGGAUGGGUGCCAAGACAUGACAGCAGGGCGCCCUCUUGGCCCAUCUCGCCACACGCUGGAGCUUCUCAAUCGUUCGCAUGCACUGAGGGUAGACCUCCAACGGCUUGAAAGGGCAGGGCUCUCAAUGGCUGAAGCGAAUUUCAAUGUGUCUAGAAAAUAUCCCCUCUUAUGAUGAGGUCAAAGGUCAAUCAUAUAUGUUCUCAUUUUUUUCAGAAUAUAUAUAUAUAUUAUGUUCCUUUCCAAAGUGAUAAUGAAACAAAAAACAUUCCUUAUUUAUAAAGAAAUAGGUUGAGAUGCACUUCCGAUUCAUUUCUAAAUUAUAUGAGUUUAAUAAAAGACCAGAGUUUAGUUAAUAUAGACUUUGUUAUGUUUUAUAGCAAAGAUGACAACAUCACCUCAAACAAAAACAAUAUAAACAUAUUUUGAUAGUGUCAAUCCUUGACAUAGCUCUCUGCUAAUGAAUCAAUUGUUUCAUGAUUAUAAUAUAGGAUAUUUAUAUUGCGCACAUUUCCAAGGCGCUCCU